AUGGCUGACGAUAAGAGAUGGUGCAGAGGGCCAGAUUUCCUGUGGAAAGGAGAGGAAGAAUGGCCAAGGCAGGUGAUGGAAUCACUUGAUGUGUCUGGAGCAACUGUUAGUGAAGUAGCCAUGGGUGAAGAGAAGAAAGAGGCGAAUAGCGCAGUAGCCCAAGUGAGUACACCAGUUCUACCAGCCGCAUCAUUUUCCAGCUGGACCAGAUACCGAAGAAUGGUGGCCUGGAUGCUGUGCUUUGCCAAGAAACUACCCAAGAGGAAAGAUGGGAUGCGAUCAUUUACCCCUGAUGAGUUGAGGCAAGCUGAGAUUGGGAUUUUGAGAGAUGCUCAGAGACAAGUCUUCAAGUCUGAGAUGUUGAGUGUACAGAAAAGUGAAGAACCCUUCCGUGGAAGUCUGAGAGAUCUAUGUCCCAUGAUUGAUGACGAUGGCCUGUUGAGAGUUGGUGGGAGAUUGGAGAAGUCAGAUCUGCCCUAUGACGCUCAACACCCAAUCAUACUGCCCAAGAAUCAUCCUGUGACCACGUUGAUCAUCCGAUCAUUCCAUUUGUUGGCAUACCAUGUGCGUGGAGUGAAUGGACUGCUUGCCGAUAUCAGGACGAGAUAUUGGCCGGUGAAUGGGCGAGAGGCUGUGAAGAAGUACGAGCUCACAUGUGUCAAGUGUAAGGAACGAAAGAAGAAAUUGUACCAGCAAAAGAUGGCGUCACUACCUGGUCUGAGGGUCAAGAUUCCAAUCCGAGCGUUUGCCCACUGUGGAGUUGAUUAUGGCGGGCCAUAUCUUGUCAAGGUGACCAGGAAGAUGAGGGACAAACGAUACUUGUGUUUGUUUACCUGUUUGGCGUCUCGAGCGGUACACCUGGAGGUGGCUUUUGGAUUGGAUACCGCCAGCUUUCUGAAUGCGCUGAGUAGGAUGACAGCCAGACGAGGGCGCCCUCAGGUCAUGGUCUCUGAUAAUGGAACAAACUUCCGGAGCGCUGACAGAGAAUUAAGAGAACUGGUAAAUGAACUUGACCAAGAACGCAUCACCAAUCAUCUUGCAGAGAAAGGUAUUGAAUGGCGGUUCAAUCCUCCCUUAGGAGCCCAUCAUGGAGGCGUCUUUGAGAUCAUGAUAAAAGCUGCAAAGAAAGGGCUCAAGGCAAUCCUGGGAGAGGCAGUGGUGAAUGAUGAGGAGUUUUCAACAGCUGUGGCAGAGGUAGAAGGUCUUCUGAAUGCCCGACCUAUCACCUACUGUGGCCAAGAUCCGAAAGAUGAGAAUGUGUUGACCCCGAACUCUUUUUGA